GCUCUCUCUCUCUCUCUCUCUCUCGUCCCGUUUCUCUCUCCUCCCGCGUCCCCCUCUCUCUUUCUCUCUCUUCGAGCUCGCGUUGCGGUGACGCGAUUCGUCGGAUUCUUUCGAUCGGAGGCGCCGCGCGGGUUCUCGCAUUCCGAUCGGUGGGCAGGAGCGGCGGUUUCUAGGGUUUCGAUCGCCGGUGCGGAGUUAGGGUCGAGGGUCGGGAAUUAGGGUUUUCUCCUCCGGGAUCGGGGGUGGUGAUGAGGUUGAACAGGGAGAUUGCGUUCAGGAAUGAGGAGGAGAGCGAGAGGGAGAGGGCCUCUCGCUUUCCUCCGGCUCCGGCGCCGGCGCCGGCGCCGCAGCAGAAGCUCGUCGUCGGAUACGCCCUGACCUCGAAGAAGGUGAAGAGCUUCUUGCAGCCGAAGCUGGAAGGGUUGGCGAGGAUGAAGGGGAUUCUAUUUGUUGCUAUUGACCAGAGCCGUCCUCUUUUAGAACAAGGUCCCUUCGAUAUUGUUCUGCACAAGUUAACUGGAAAAGAAUGGCAACAAAUUCUAGAGGAUUAUCGGGAAAAGCAUCCAGAAGUGACCGUCCUUGACCCACCUGAUGCUAUACAGCAUCUACACAAUAGACAAUCGAUGCUUCAGGAAGUAGCCGACUUGAAUUUGUCAGAUUGUUAUGGUAAAGUUGGUGUCCCUAGCCAAUUAGUUAUUACUAAAGAUCCAUCUUCAAUACCAGCUGCAGUCAACAAGGCCGGACUAACACUACCCUUAGUUGCCAAGCCUUUGGUGGUUGACGGUAGUGCGAAAUCUCAUGAGCUGUCUCUUGCUUAUGAUCAGUCUUCCUUGUCAAAGCUCGAACCGCCUCUGGUUCUUCAGGAAUUUGUCAAUCAUGGUGGUGUUCUCUUUAAGGUCUAUAUAGUUGGGGAGGCUGUAAAGGUUGUGCGUCGGUUUUCUCUUCCUGAUGUUAAUAAAUGUGAACUUUUAAACAAUGCUGGUGUCUUUCGGUUUCCGAGGGUUUCCUGUGCUGCAGCCAAUGCAGAUGAUGCGGACCUUGAUCCUUGUAUUGCUGAACUUCCUCCAAGGCCACUGCUUGAGAGGCUUGCUAGAGAGCUCCGCCGUCGACUAGGUCUUAGAUUAUUCAACAUAGAUAUAAUCAGAGAGCAUGGGACAAGAGAUCGAUUCUACGUUAUUGAUAUCAACUACUUUCCUGGAUAUGGUAAAAUGCCGGGGUACGAACACAUAUUCACGGACUUCCUCUUAAGCCUGGUUCAAAGCAAGUACAAAAGGCGAUUGAGCAUCGGUUAACCAAAACUUGGUCGUCGUCAUUGUCAUAACAUAACAAGAGGCGUCAAUGUUUGAGAAUUCCCCAAAAUGUAAAAAGAAAAUGUGCCAAGUAGAUUUGUUUUUUCCAGUGUACAUAUCCAUGAGAUUGUUGGCUGAAGUUGAGGUGUGGGAUGUAAAUUUGUUCACUUUGCGGCGGCGGCCUCCCUGAAGAAGGCUUUCACUGCAUGGUGUAUGUAAUGUGCGCCUCCUCAAAUGUGGGAUUUGAUUUAUGAGCUUGUCCUCCAAAAGCAAUUACCUUCUUUGUUUGUAUUCUUUUGCAAAUUCCUCUUGCAGUUUAGGGAUGAUGGUUUACGCAACUCAUUUAUAUUUUACUAUUUAAUUUUAUUAUUA